GGUGUUAUUUACAGGGUAUCCCCUGUUCUCCAACGCGUGCUAGAAAACCGUUAUCAUCGCGCCGAUAACCGGACAGGCUGCAGAAGAUGCUGAACAGCCAGCGACCGGAGUAACGACGACGCACGGGGACGUAACGUCCUGCGGAGGACACGACAUUAACGCUUCGACGGAGAUGGAGGGAUUCAGCACGUAGUAAUCCAUUCCAGGAGGUAUCUUGUCUGUCUGUCUGUCAGCGAUGCUCCAGGAGAAGUCCUCAGCUGUGGCUGAUAAAGGUGUGACUCUGGCCCAGUCCAGUGGGCUUCCUGAGCAUGCCACAGAACCCUCACAUCUGGGCCUGCCAGCAACUCCACGCAUCCCCGACAACAGUGACAUCGAUCAGAACAUAGAGAACAUCAAGGUGGUUCUUCAUGAGAAGGAAAUGUGGAAGAAGUUCCAUGAGACAGGAACAGAGAUGAUAAUCACCAAAGCAGGCAGACGGAUGUUCCCCAGCUACAAGGUAAAAGUCACCGGGAUGAAUCCAAAAACCAAGUACAUCCUUUUAAUUGACAUCGUGCCAGCUGACGACCACCGUUACAAGUUCUGCGAUAACAAGUGGAUGGUGGCUGGAAAGGCAGAGCCAGCCAUGCCGGGCCGGCUCUACGUCCAUCCGGACUCUCCUGCGGCUGGGGCACACUGGAUGAGGCAGCUGGUCUCCUUUCAGAAGUUGAAACUCACAAACAACCACCUGGAUCCUUUUGGGCAUAUCAUCCUGAACUCUAUGCACAAAUACCAGCCCAGGUUGCACAUUGUAAAAGCAGAUGAGAACAAUGCCUUUGGCUCCAAGAACACAGCCUACUGCACCCAUGUGUUCCAUGAGACCACAUUUAUCUCUGUGACAUCCUACCAGAACCAUAAGAUAACACAGUUAAAAAUUGAGAACAAUCCCUUUGCCAAAGGUUUUCGGGGUAGUGAUGAGGGAGACCUGCGUGUGUCCAGACUUCAAGGGAAAGAUUACCCAGUGAUCUCCAAGAACAUGGUGCGGCAGCGUUUCCUCACGUCCCACACCCAUCUGGCUGGAAAGUUUAGCGCAGGGGUGCUGGGUGACCACAGGCAGGUCCACCCUCACUACCAGUAUGAGAGUGGCGUGCCCCUGGGCAGCACCGACUCACAGGAGACCUUCUCCAACCCCUUCCCUGCAAGCAGAGAGCCCAGCCUGCUUUACCACUGCUUCAAGCACAGAGAUAACUCCAGGCACUUGGAGCUGGGUUGCAAGCGCCCCUAUCUUGACACGACGCCCUCGGCUGUUCCGGAGGAGCGCUACUUCCGCUCGCCCUCUUCCCACGAGCCCCCUUUGCUGUCUCACCCCUACUGCGGCGAGGCACUGGGCUCCAGAGAGGCCUGCAUGUACGGAGGGAUGGACAGGGAGGCGGGGCCAGGAGGCAUGGCUGGCACAGAGGACCUGCCCCCGCCCUCCCUGAACUGCAACGUGUGGGCAUCCAUGCCGCCGUACCCUCGCUACGGCAUGCAGACUGUCGAGGCCAUUCCCUACCAGCCCUUUUCCGCCCACUACACCAGCAUGGCCGCCGCCCCCUCUGUCAUGCCCCACCACUCGCCAUCCAUGCAGCGGCCGCAGCCCGCCCCUUCAUCCUCCUCUUCCUCCUCUUCCUCCACACCGUCUGGGCUUGGCUCCCGUGACAGAGAGGCCCACCCUCCGCUCUACCACAGGAAGCCUGGGUCACCUCUCCGACCUCACCGGGAUUUCCCAGCCUGCAGAGACCAAAGCCCAAUGCCGCCAAGAGAUCCAGUCUACCAGUAUCAGAUGAGCUUUGGCACCAUAGGGCCCCACUGGGCUGAGAGCUAAGAGAUGUCUAAGCGCAACGCUGUGGAGUCUAAUGUUUGUCUAUCACCUUAGAGUUGCACACUGUCUCCAAGACAGGACAGCAAUGAUUACUUUUCUACAGAGCCAUGACACUAAAGACACAAAAUUGCCAAACAAGGUUAUAAUACAGCAGUACGUUUCCAGAGCUGUAUAGCCCAUUAUAGUAUUAACCUCUCACUGUAUGUGGCUCUGUAAGAGUGUAAUAUUUAUUGGCAUAUAUGUUUAUAGUUGCACUUGUACUAACAGUGGAUGGAACCAUCUAAAUGCACUGUGCUACAUUCAGAAAGAGACCAUUAACUAUAGCAUAAAGAUGCUCUAAACCUUUCAGUGCCAAUAGUGUGUUAAAGCACAAAACCUGUAUAUGAUGUGUGUAAGCCUAUCAGUGUGAUGCAGGAGGUAUAUUACGUUAAAUGAACUGAA